AUGGCUACCUAUCUUCUGUACGAAUCUUCAUCUGGCUAUGGCCUCUUCGAAGCGCACGGGCUCGAUGAGAUCGGACAGAACACUGAGGCCGUCCGGAGCUCCGUCUCCGACCUCAGUCGCUUUGGCCGUGUUGUCCAGCUCACCGCCUUUCACCCAUUCGAGUCUGCGCUCGAUGCUCUCAACCAAGUUAACGCCGUCUCUGAAGGGGUUAUGACUGACGAGCUAAGAAGUUUCCUGGAGUUGAAUCUUCCGAAAGUCAAAGAAGGCAAGAAGGCCAAGUUCAGCUUAGGAAUGGCCGAGCCUAAACUGGGUUCGCAUAUAUUCGAAGCCACUAAAAUCCCGUGCCAGAGCAAUGAGUUCAUACUCGAGCUUCUCCGAGGUGUACGCCAGCAUUUUGACAGGUUCAUCAAGGACCUAAAGGCUGGUGAUCUGGAAAAGUCUCAACUUGGAUUAGCUCAUAGCUACAGCAGAGCAAAGGUCAAGUUCAAUGUGAACCGAGUGGAUAACAUGGUUAUCCAAGCUAUUUUCCUCCUUGACACGCUUGAUAAAGAUAUCAACUCCUUUGCCAUGAGAGUCAGGGAAUGGUAUUCGUGGCACUUCCCCGAACUUGUGAAGAUUGUUAAUGAUAACUAUCUUUACGCCCGCGUCUCGAAGAUGAUUGAGGACAAGUCGAAGUUGACUGAAGACCACAUCCCAAUGCUUACUGAAGUCCUAGGGGAUGAAGAUAAGGCGAAGGAGGUCGUCGAAGCUGGAAAAGCAUCCAUGGGCCAGGAUUUAUCACCGAUUGACUUGAUCAACGUACAGACGUUUGCACAGAGAGUGAUGGACCUCGCUGACUACAGAAAGAAGCUCUAUGAUUACCUAGUUGCUAAGAUGGGAGACAUUGCCCCCAAUUUGGCAGCCUUGAUUGGAGAAAUGGUUGGAGCCCGUCUGAUUUCACAUGCUGGGAGUCUGACCAACCUUGCUAAAUGCCCAUCUUCCACCCUCCAGAUUCUUGGAGCUGAGAAGGCCCUUUUCAGGGCGCUUAAGACACGUGGAAAUACACCCAAGUAUGGAUUGAUUUUCCAUUCGUCCUUCAUUGGCAGAGCAUCUGCUAAAAACAAGGGCCGUAUUGCUCGUUACCUUGCAAACAAGUGCUCCAUAGCGUCUCGGAUUGAUUGUUUUGCUGAUGGAGCCACAACGGCCUUUGGUGAGAAGCUUCGCGAGCAAGUUGAGGAAAGGCUUGACUUUUAUGACAAAGGUGUUGCCCCACGUAAGAACGUGGACGUUAUGAAGGAAGUGAUUGAGAAUCUCCAAAACAAAGAUGAGGAAAUGAAAGAGGCAGUUGAAGAGGAUAAGUCAGAGAAAAAGAAGAAGAAGGAGAAGAGGAAGAUGGAGACAGCGGAUGAGAAUGAGAAAUCAGAGAAGAAGAAAAAGAAGAGUAAAGCUGGAGGAGACGAUGCGACUGAUGAUGGUCACAGCAAGUCGAAGAAGAAGAAGAAGAAGUCUAAGAGCGAGGACGACGACGAAUAG